GUUUUUUCCGUCUGACUUCGACAUCCACUUUUUACGAUCAGUUGCAAAUAAGAUCUGCAGGAUGAUCUUGUAUGGCCUAGUGAAGUAGAACUGGCAUUGUUGUUCAGGGGAAGUAGGAAGAGUCGCAGAUCAAUGUCGACGCAGAUCAAUGCAGAGGAGUCGCUCGUCCUCGUGAAAAAGGAUCAGCUCAAUUUUCGCUAAGUAAGCGCAACUAAGUAAGAGAACACCUAGAUCCUGUCUAGGCUUAGCCCCGACCUUGCAGCCGUUAAGUACUGCAACUAUGUCAGAGUGAUGCAUCCGCAUCGUUAGUACUACGAUGAAAACAAAUGACGCUCUCUCGGACGAUUUUUGUUACGCGUGUGCUUGUUUUAAGGGUAUGGUGCUUACUCUCGCCGGUAAAUGCUGCCAACGACGAUGGCGAUGAGUUACUACCGUUGACAGACGCGACCCGGGAUAAUGGUGUCCUCGAUUUAGUAUGCACAGCAGACACGGUAGCACCACAUGGGACAUGGAUUUGUGAGCGACGGGCUCGUGAACGACGUAGAGCAUGUCCUCAUAACCUCUUUUCUGUUAACAUUUGGAAUUGCGCUUCACUAUAACAACUUCCUGGAAAUUCCACAGACGCCUUUCCACUUAUUUGCGGUUGCCGUUGCGCUCUGGUAGGUAGGGCUGUAGUUCUGCGCGAUGCAGUUUUUUGUGCCACGUAUUACUUAUCAUUAAACCCGAAUGGUCGAAUGAGGUGUUUGCAGUGCAUUUUCAUUUUCCUCACCGCGCGAUCAGGAUGAGGAUGUCCUGGAACUACGGUGGCUGACGAGCAAUGCAUCCGGCAUAUCAGAAUGAAAAAGCCCCGCCUCCCCAUAUCAAAAUGGGGAUUUGUGUAGCAUGAUUUGUGACCACAAAUCAUGCUCGAAGCCAAAAGAUGCGGACUGUAGUGCUGGCUGGCGUGCGAAGACCUUGCGUCUUCAGAAUGACAGGAGGCAGCUGAAAGUGGGUAACAGCAUGAGAAGUUUCCUCCAAUUCAGGCAACAAUUCCGUCGCUUGGCCUUCUAGCAAUACAAGUCGAUUUGUGUACUCAAAUCCAGCAUCACGGGCGUCGUUUUCGAUACGGGGACGGGGGGUUUUUCCUUUCGAUACGGGAACCUUUCCAGUUCGACGGCGCUGACCACACAGCCGCCGGUCUUCUUCGACACCAGCCUGCGAAUGGCCUUCAGCAUGGUCCUAUGGCAUUUCGUGAAUGAGUCUGGAUCUGUGAAUUUGUGCUGCAUGAGGCCGGGAUGCUACUUACCAUUGUGAUGACAGUCACGCAUGAAAAGUGUUAAGAACGCCUCCUUCUGCCGAGUGAGCGUGACAAAUCGCGGACUUCAAUGUGCUGGCGCGAGACGGUGCGCUUCUUGUACCUACAGCCGGUAGUGCAACAGCACAGAUUUUACAUAUUAUUCUAUAGAGAAGUGUCACAGGAGAAGCAUGACAGGCUCCACUUUCCCAGAACACCAGACAUAAGAAGUUGCACUCGAUACAGUCCCACCAUGCCCUCGGCGAUGCACCGGCUCAAAGUGGAGGCCAACAAGGCGACCGGAAAGACGUACUGCGCCACGGUGUCUGGCUCUACCGGGAACAAGCCCUUCGCGACCGGCACCGCGUGUGAGGCGGCCGAAGGGGCAGCGACAGAUAACAAAUACCGGUGGGCGGCACAGGUGCAGUGGCUGGGCGGUCCGACGGGCUUUGGCACCAUUGCGCUCACGCCAGUAAGGGACAUAGUGCCCCGCCGUCGAGAGCUUAGCGCCCAUACCACGGCCAAGGUGGAGUACUAUCAAAUGCAAAUAUCGAUCUGGGUUUGGAAAGUGCGAAUUUGUAGUACGAAGGUUGGUCUACUGACGUUCUUGUGACCAAUCUGUAUUGCGUGACCAGCAUGUCCAGCCUCUUUUGUCAGACAAGCACGCAGUUUCUCACGACGCGGACUGCGAAUGAAGCGACGCGGGUUGGGAAGACGUCACGCCUGUUUUAUUUACCUGUAAUCGGAAUAAAGAAUGCGUCCAUCUUCCACACGGUAGUAGCAUCACAAGUUUAUUCCAGCCCCGGAGUUAUUGGCAAUGCAUAAGUGCCUGGUGAAGCUGACGGCGCAACCCACCAGUCUGGUCGACGUGGCUGCCGUGAUGGAGCGGAUGAAGGAGGCCAAGGCAGCCGUAACCGACCCCGCCACGGGCCUGACCGCCACACUGGGAGCGGCGGUGGCACAGACGAUUUCCGCAGCCGGGAUUAUCAAUAUCACGGUCGCCGUUGAAGCUGUUGGAUCCUCCGAUCCGAUACCGGUCGGGUCAACAGCGACACCGGCGUCGGCAGCAUCUGUACGGCAUGCGCAGCGGUGGGAAUGAUCUCAAGACCUGAUGGCAAUGCUCAAAGGGGAGCCGACGAGCACGAUGCGGUGCCUUGUUUUGCAUAAACGGCUACUUCAUACGAUGCAUGUGGAGAAAACUGUAGACCGGUAUCUCGACUUGACUGAUAGGCAGUUUUUCUAUCCUAACAGUGCAACUACGCAGUUUACUACACGCGGCGAAAAAAGAACUUCUGUGCUCCCAGGCAGGGCACGCAAGAACAUUUGCCAUGCCAAUUUGCCUGAGAUCCAUUUCGCAGCUGCGGUCUCCAUACUUCGGGUUGACGACUUCCGGCACCGCGGUCGGUAUCGGGAUUCUUUACGUUCUGUUAGUUGUAGUGGUGCGUAGCUAAAGUAAUAGAAAAUGCUCUCGGGUACUGGCGCAAGGUGAGCAAUGAAAACAAAUUUACAAAUGAGCGACUCCAAUUCAGUCUGCGAACCUCGACCAUGAUCCUUUUGGGGCACCAUGCAUCUGGGUACUACGUACGACCUAUGUCGUGCCAAAAGUUGGCGCUCUAAACAAACGAAAGUACCGACUUGGUUCAACAAUCCCAUAAGGAUUAACGCUUUCCUUCUCCUCGGCUUCUCUCCAGCCGUAGGUUAUUUCUGGCGGCAGCACAGGACAC